UCCAACCCCUCGAGACCUUAUCAGCCAUAGACCGUUAAUUGAUGUUGUGAACGUCAAGGAGACGUUUACACAUGUCGUCGUCACAGAGUUAUCGAGGACAAGCCCAGCCGUCCCACACCCAGUUCCAGAGCAGUAUUCAACUGCUACAUCAGGCCCAAUCAAUGCUCGAUACACACCACGGCCGACGUGUUGCCCUCGGCUCUGUGUACCUGAAUGUUAUAGAGUUGUGUGAUGUCAUUGGAAGGAGUAAAAACAGUCAUGAAGAUGCGCUUACAGAUAGAAAGAAACAUUUCCUCACUGAUGGUCAUCGACAAGAAGUGGAUGUUACACAGCCUAGAGUAGAUCAUGUGUUUCAUGUCAUGGUUCGCUGACGAUCUUGUGCAGUCAGAGACCAUAAUGCUAUGACAGUUAGAAGUGCCGGUCCAUGGAACACUGUUUCAGAAAUGGCGAUAUUCCAUAAAUAGUUCACUGAUACAUUCCGAUGCUGUGAGAAGUUAUAUAACCAGAUAUGUAUUUUCGGAUGUGGAAGAUCGAAUUGGUGUCAAUGCUCUGCCUCAUCGCAAUACAAGACUUGAUGUGUGAUGAGUUCGUUGCUGAUACCAUCAUAACAGCAAUACUAGCUAAGGGUUACCGGAAGGAAGUGAGGCCUCGGUGUCCUGGUGUCACGUCUGUUGAUGUCACCCUGGACUUGGCACUCAGGCAAAUCAUUGAGUUGAACGAGCCUAAACAGUUCCUGCAAACAAAUGUGUGGUUACGUGCGUUUUGGAACGACUGUCGAUUGACAUGGAACAAAACUGCAACAGGUGUUGACAACCUUGUUCUUCCGGCAUCGUUCAUGUGGAUUCCUGACAUCACGUUAUAUGACAACAGCGCAGAUGAAGGAAUGAAGGCCGCAAAGGAAUACCGUGUCAGCGUGACGAGCGAGGGGGAUACCCGUCACCAGAUACCCAUAGUCCUCACAAGCCUUUGCACCAUAGACACAACCUACUUCCCUUUUGACAAACAAUCAUGUCCUCUCAAAUUUGGGAUGUGGGCCCACAGUGCUCUUGACGUCAACUUCACAAAUAUCAGGGACGAUGCUGACUUGUCGUCGUAUGAAGGUCACGUGGAAUGGAACGUGGUCAGCAUGAACGUUGAACGUAAUGUGUCCUAUUUUGAAGGCAUUCCCUAUCCUUCGUUGGUAUUCGAUCUGAAGCUGAGAAGGAAACCUCUGUUCUUUAUUCUAAAUCUAUUUUUCCCAUGUAUCCUCAUCUCGAUGGUGGCCAUCCUUGGUUUCAUGCUGCCACCAGAUGCAGGGGAAAAGGUCAACUUGGAGGUGACGGUUCUGUUGUCGCUGGCUGUGUUUCAACUUAUUGUCUUGGAGAUGAUGCCACCCAACUCGGAGACAUUACCUUUUAUCAGUGUAUACUUCGCUUCGAACAUGGUCUUGGUGGGAUUGUCGUGUCUCAUGACCGUCGUUGUGUUGAACGUCCAUUUCAAGGGUUCCCAGGGUUGGCCAGUACCACAGAUCGGCAAAACUAUCGUCAUCGACGGAUUGGGCCGGUUACUGUGUGUAAGACUGCCCCAAAAGGUGCGGAAGAAGAACCCCACAAAUGAAGUUGUUCAAGGUCUUCGAUUUGAAAGACGGAAAACCGUUCCGAAACCGCUGAACAACGUCAGCGCCGUAGACACCGUUGACGCAGACACAGUCCACGCACCGGAAACAAGCCUUCUUCUUAAACACUUCAGUCGGAUCAACGCCAGCCUGAGCGAUAUGGUGGCAAGCCUGGGAGACAGGAAGAGUGACAGGGCCAUGUGUGAGGAGUGGGAGUUCAUGGCCCUUGUUCUGGACAGAGCCUUUCUCCUGAUCUAUGGCUCCCUCACCUGUUUAAUUUUGCUGAUUUUCAUUAUAGAAUUCCAAACACAAUAAAUAGGAGAAGGUAUGAAUCGAAGACCUACGGUUCUGAGCUCCUUGCGACAGCCACACAGAAAGAAGAUUGAUUCAACAUGACUAGGCUCUUCAUCUGGAAAGAACAUGAAAUUUGUUUUUAAUCUAUAAUUAGGUGCCUAAAAUGUGUCUUUUCACCACUUCAUGAUAACAGAUUAAUUUUUGAUUGCUUGGACAAUAGUGGAGGCCCCAGUUGCAGCUAUAUCCACAGGUAUUUUCGGGUUAAUAGAGCCUAUUGCCGAUACGUGCUGCCAUAUCAGUUGCUCCGAUCAGGACUAGAAUCAAUCAUUAACUUCAACUUACAGUGUACUUACGAUUCAGUUAUGGCGAUGAUGGCGAUGAUGAUGAUGAUGAUGAUGAUGAUGAUGAUGAUGAUGUUGUUAAUGCUGAUGGCCGUCAUCACGAUGAUGAUGAUAAUGAUGAUGAUGAUGACUGCUGGUACAGAACGAUGAUGGCGAAGAAGAUUAGAAUAUAGCUGAUGAUAGGACAGAGGGAUAGCCACGCUCUAAUGCGGAUGAUUCCUCAUGUGGUGUGUAGUUAAUGUACUUACAUCAAAUCAAACUGUUAAUUGGUUCUCGAACAUGAUGGUGUAUAUGUAAUUUAAAUCGAUUAACAGACAUCUACAUGUGAACCGCAGUCCAUAUAUUUGUCAGGUUUGAUUCUCAUAUAACAUGUGAUGUAAUUCUGAAUGAUUAUGAUGAUUCAAUAUAUGAAUAAUAUGUACAUUACUGUGACAUUCAUGUGUAUCUUGGAGACAUUAAACCAGUGAUUAAAGAGAAUAUAAUCUUUGCAUUA